AUGCCUACUCGCAAUAAUCGUGGAAGAGUUUCCAAGCCUGCCUCAAAGAAGACAGGGUCUCAUCUUCCAAGCAAAUCGGUACCUAGACAGGACAGUCCCAGGGCCAACGAUACCAAAAACCGCACGCUCCACCACGCUGCUCAGACUGAAUGGACCUGGGAAAACAUGCCCGAUAUAAUUUAUCAACUCAAGCCCGAAGGAAAAUCCAACCGCAACGAGGAACCGCCUAUGCUCCCAUACAGGAUUCACAACAACGACGUGCGAGACCUCCCUAUCCUUCCGGACAAUAUCUCGUCAACUGUUGAAGAGUUUCGAGUUGAGGCAUGGAUGCGCCUUGAUAGACGUAUCCGCCUCAGGGAUAUCACUGACCGUAUACAUCCUGAUUUCCGCCUAAGGGAGAACGCACUACAGCAGCGCGGCGUGCGCUUCCGUCAGGCCUUUGGCUUGCUUGCGUGGGAUUCGGGAAAUAAACGCAGUCUCAAGCUUGAAGAGAACCUCCUAGCCAAGAUGAGGAAUCUGGGACUAGAUCCUAGAUUAAACUCUACCAGAGGCAUCACUCCUGGGCUUAUCAACCCGAAGGCUGGCGAGGAGGGUGGUCGCGUGCCUCUCCCUGUUGGCUGGGGCCCGAACAAGUCUUCUCGUAACAAGAAGGUACAGUGUAUCGAAGCUGAGCUGCUCAAAGAGACUAAAACUGGAGUUGAACCUUCUAAAUCAAGAGCCGAGCUUCCCAAGCCCAAGGAACCCACACCAGACCCUGAUCCUUCGGGAUUUGAGGAAUACAUGAGGAGCGUCGAGGAAUCACUACAAGAAGACCUUGUCGAAGACGCCGAGAGCCUCAAGCCAAUGGAAUACGAGCUUAAUAGCGAGGCUUCACUAUCUGAAGAAACAAAGAGCUGCGAUCCCGUUCCACAGAUCAAGUACACUCCCGAGUACAUUAUAGCAGAUGAAGACCUCCCCACAUCCGUGAGCAUGGCAGACCUCGAUUUGACCAAGGGCGUGACACAGCCCGAGUCAGAGCUAAAGCUCCGCUACCCAUUAGUCGAUGACAAUUUCAACCCCCAGUCUCCGUUCUGGUCGUCAAGCUCUGUGGUAUCUCCUCGCGGCUUUUGCUCCUCCACUUGUUUUAACGAUGCCCCACAGCAGCCAGACGAGCUUCUUAAGGCUAUACACAUACAGCCUCCGUUCUGUUCUCAAAGCACACCCCAGACACCAUCUACAGAUGGUUUUCACUUCAUAAACCCGAGUGAUCUCGACACGGUCAAGCAGCAGACUGAGAUGAAUGGCUACGACAACAUGCUUAAUGAAUACUACUCCGCCGAGCGCCAGCUGAACGAGAUGACAUACUAUCACUCUUUCGCAUUCUGGUGA